UAUGCUCUGUUUACUAAUGCGUAAUGAAGAUUAACGUAUACUAACGGUCUUAUAUUCGGAAUUGAUAAUUAAUCAUCCCUAACCGAUUAUUGAUGGCUUUGUCAGUGCAUGACUUCCAGAUCGCCAUAAUAUGUGCUUUGAAGGUGGAAUGUGAUGCCGUACAGGCUGUCUUUGACGGAUUUUUAGAGGAACACGGGGACCCUCCAACGAUGAUAAGAAAGGCGCAAUGGGAUACCAACGUCUACACUACGGGAAAGAUAGGUCAUCACAACGUUGUCCUUGCGCACAUGGCAAACUAUGGUAUAGGUAACUCAGCGGGCGUGGCAGCCAAUCUUCGACACACCUUUCCGGAUAUCAGAGUUGCUUUUGUGGUCGGCGUGUGUGGGGGAAUGCCCAAAAACAAAACGGCCGAUAUCAUGCUAGGCGAUGUCAUUAUCAGUACUGAGAUGGUCGAAUAUGGUCUCGGGCGGCAGAUGACGCAUGGGCUUCGACCAACCAAUCCCUUGGGAAGUAGGCCUAAUACAGAACUCCGGGGAUAUCUGAAUAAGAUGCAAGGCCAAUGGGAUAUGUUUAGAUUGCAGGAGAGGGCUAUUAAGUAUCUUGCCUCUCCGUCCUUGAUUCCGGGGCAGACCAAGCCGGAGCACCCUGGAAUGGACAAGGACAAUCUCUUUGUAUCAACUCAUCGGCAUAAACAUCACGAGAAAGGGGUAUGCGAGUCUCGCGAUAAGUGUGUGCAUGAUAACGACAUUCCAUGUGUAGCAUCCGAAACGUUGGAUUGUGCGACGUUAGGUUGCCACGAGCUCGUGAACCGGCAGCCAAGAGAGUUUCCUACGCAACCUCAAGUGCACUUCGGCAAGUUUGGAUCAGCGGAUAAGGUCAUGAAGUCUAGUACUGAGCGGGAUAGACUCGCUAGGGAAUAUAGUUUGAUCGCGUUGGAAAUGGAAGGGGCCGGGGUAUGGGAGAAAAUUCCUUGCUUCAUCAUCAAAGGAGUUUGCAACUACUCGGAUAGUCACAAUAAUAAGAACUGGCAGCCGUACGCAGCGGCUACUGCGGCGUCUUACUUCAAGGCCUUUUUGGUUCCCUGGAGGGAGGUCAUCAUUAAUCCGAAAAUCGUCGAAAUACCAGGUAAGUAAGUGUCUGCGCUGUGUAAGACAGUUUUCAAAUGAAGAAUAUGUUAUGAGACACAGGCAGGCAUAGCUUCUCUAAAGAUAAUUCUAAUAUAGUUGUAUCAGGCGUACCCGAUCCCAAGACCCUCGAUUUACUUCGAGAUCUUCGUGUGGUAGAUCCUCUAG